GAGAACAUAAGUCUGUAUGUUAACACCGUUCUGUGUACAAAGCACCCAUCAAGGAAUAUUACUGAAAUAAAACCUGAAAAUGCUGGAAAUGUACAUCAGGCAAAAUAAGGAUGGCAGAGACUGAAAACAAUCCUAAGAAAGAAAUUAUCACACAGUUCCACGAGAAUGCAGCUAAAGGAGAUGCCGCAAAAUUGUCAACAAUGCUAAAUUAUUCUAUCUCUCUCGUGGAUGAAAUGGAUGAAAGAGGCUGGACUGCUUUGAUGUACGCUAGCAGGAAUGGACAUUUUGAGGUUGCCCAGCUGCUUCUUGAAAAAGGGUGCAACAGGUCUAUUUCAAAUAAUUCAGGACAAACAGCGCUGGAUAUUGCAAAAUUCUGGGGGCACAAGCAUGUUGCUGAUUUAUUGGCAAAUCCUAAAUCUGGUGCUAGAUCAAGAACGUGGCAUGACAGCCCAGAAGAAAGUGAGAAUUAUUUCAGCAGAACUUUGCUCAAUAGACUAAGUGAAAAAAGAAGCAACUCUGAAUGGUUAAAAAACAAACAGAUUCAAUCAACCACUGUCUACAUUUUGUUUUCCAAUUUAAAUCCAUUGGUUAUUUCAGCAAAAUGUGAAGACUCCAGAAAAACUGGCAUCCACCUCUGCAGAUUGCAGUAUGAGGAUGUAGAGCAGCUCUUGGCCAAACCAGAAGUCACUUCUAUUUUCCUAGGAACAGAGCUACAGAGGAACAAUUCUGGAUCUUGUGUUAAAUCUGCAGUAGACAAUGCCUUAGCUGAGGAUGAUGGACUUAUUGCUUGGUUUGCGGUAAAUGCAGAUUUUGUUGCUACAGAAAAAUUUAGGGUUAAAUACCCAGAUUGUUGCUUUCUCCAGCCGCUCAUCCCACAUCUAUUGAACUUAAGUAAGGAGGAGGCCGGUGUGGUAGCGCAGGCCAGGUCCGUCCUUGCCUGGCAUGGAAGGUAUAAGUUCUGUCCUACCUGUGGAAGUAGUACAAAAGUUCAAGACGGUGGUUACAAGAGGACAUGCUUGAUGGAAAACUGUCUGAGCCUCCAGGGUAUUCAUAAUACUUGCUAUCCACGUGUAGAUCCAGUUGUAAUAAUGCUGGUCAUUCAUCCUGAUGGCAAUAAUUGUCUUCUGGGAAGACAGAAGCGUUACCCUCCAGGAAUGUUUUCCUGUCUGGCAGGAUUUAUUGAACCAGGGGAGACAAUAGAGGAUGCUGUUCGAAGAGAGGUUGCAGAAGAAACUGCAGUCAAGGUUGGGCAUGUUCAAUAUGUUUCCAGUCAACCCUGGCCAAUGCCUUCGUCUCUAAUGAUUGGUUGCCAAGCUGUUGCAGUAACAACAGAAAUUAUUGUGGACAAAGAGGAAAUUAUAGAUGCCCGCUGGUUCAGUCGGCAGCAGAUCGCUGAAAUCCUGACACAACAUGGUGAGCAUCCAAUUAGCAUUCCACCACAGCAAACUAUCGCACAUGGACUAAUUAAAAAUUGGCUUAAAAAGAAUGCAAAUCUCUGAAUUCACCAUGAUGAUAGCAUCAUUCUGUUGACCUGCAAUUAAACCAGCUGAUCUGUCAAUCUUUGUGAGAAGACCAUAACAAUAUUACCAAAAAGAGAAGACACCAUUACUGAAAUAACCUUUCACCCACUACAGCGCUGACCCUGAAUUUUACCUUUGGCGGGCGUGCCCAAUCGGCGGGCCGGAGAGCAGUCAGGAAACAGACCGCCAAUCGCAAUCAGCCCUUGACCGCAAUUUCACUCUGGCUGUCCAAUUAACGGCCUGCCAGUGUGAAACACGUGCUGAAAUGCUCAGCGCUGCCAGGGUGGGAGUGCGGGCAAUGACUUCGGCGUGGGUGAGUGCUGCAAGAAAGC